UUAUUUUUAAAAUAAAUAAAUUACAAAUAUCUAUAGCAAUAAUGUUUAAAAGUGAAGACGUUUCGUUACUGUGAUCAUCUUAGGUUGUUGAGUGGAAACAAAUGCUUUCUACAGUAUAAACAAUAGGCAGUGCGUUACCAGGCGCCAGAAUGUCUGAUGAGCUCGAAGCUCGUAUGUGGGAUGAAGGUGGAUCCAGAUACGAGCAAAGGAAUCAUGGAGCGUACUAUGAAUCGGCGUUUGCGUCUUCUGAACAUUUAGAUAGAGCGCCCUUGCUUGCUCAGGACAGUUACACGGAGGUGACGGUGACAGCGCCGGCGGAAGCGGAGGAGCACUGCCACUGGAAGCGGCCGGAGCCCCCCAGCGCUGUGCCGCAGUUGCUGACUGCGCUUGUGCUGUGCUUUGUGUUUAUGAUAUGCGAACUAAUCGGCGGGUAUCUAGCCGGCAGCCUGUCGGUCAUGAGCGACGCGGCGCACAUGCUCAGCGACUGCGGCGGGUUCGCGCUCGCGCUGCUGGCCUUCCGAUGCGCGUCCAGACCGCCCACUGUCAACAUGUCGUAUGGAUAUCGGAGGGCUGAGGUGCUUGGCGCGAUGGCGUCCGUUCUACUCAUAUGGGCGCUGACGGGCGUGUUCGUGUACGUGGCCGCGCUGCGCGUGCGCACCGGCGAGUACACCAUCGAGCCGGACAUGAUGAUGAUCGUGUCGGGCUGCGGGGUCGCUUUCAACGUGCUACUGGCGUUGGUGUUGCAUGGAUGCGCUUCGGAUAUUGCCCACCACCACUCGCACGGCGGCGCGGCAUGCACGCACGCGCACGCGCACGCGCACGGCUCGCCGAAGCGCUUCCGUCUGUUCGGACGGCGGGACAAGCCCGCAAACGGCGUGCCCAACGGCGACUACAGUCUGAAGGAUAUGGCCGCCGCUGAGACCAGCGUGGUGGGGGCCACGCAGAGAAAUAUAAAUCUACGGGCGGCUCUAAUACACGUGAUAGGGGAUCUAAUUCAGAGCUGUGGAGUUCUUCUCGCCGCUAUUAUAAUUAAGUUUUACCCAGAAGCGAAAGUGAUAGACCCAAUAUGCACGUUCGUGUUCAGUAUACUCGUUCUGCUGACGUCGGCGCGUGUGGUGCGAGACGCGCUGUCCAUGCUGAUGCAGGCCGUGCCGCACGACUUUAGGUACCGCGAGUGCGUGAGCGCGCUGUCGGCGGUGAGCGGCGUGCGGCACGUGCACUCGGUGCACGCGUGGGCGCUCUCCACGCACCACGUCGUGCUCACCGCGCACGUCGCUAUCGACGAGCUGGCGGAGUGGGAGGCGGUGCUGUCGCGGUGCCAGGCGCUCGCGCGCUCGCAGUACGGCGUGGCCAGCGCGUGCUUCCAGGUGGAGCGGUACAGCGCCGAGAUGUCCGCCUGCCGCAGCUGCGCGCACCUCGCCGCGCCCUGACACCUUUCCACGCUGUGCCGCUAGAUCCAAACUGACAACGAGCAAACGGCACAGGCGAGGGACUCUAUUGAAAUACCAAACGUGACAAGUCUGUAACUAUUGUAAUAAAGAGUUAGAAGUAUUAACCAAAUUCCAAACGUUUGAUGUUUAUGUAUAUUUAGAUGAAAAAAAGAUAAGAAGUUACUUUGACUUCGCAUGCAAAUUAUACAGAAAGCUAGACGUCUUUAAAAAAAACCGGAACAAAUUCACUCGUCAAAGUUGUAGUUUAAAUAUAUUCAGUGUUAGCUAUUGUUUAUAUUUCUUUUAAAUGAUCCAGUUUUAAAAUAAAUAUCCAGUUGUAUCACAGUUGAAAAUGAUCUCAUUUCUGCUCAUUAUGUUCGUUAUAAAGUUCUGCACAAAACUUCAAUGUAGUAUUAAUUUAUGAAAUUAUUUUUAUUAGUUUGUUCUAUAGUUAUUUGAUUUUAUAAAAAAGUGUUAUAGUUAUUUUAUAAUUUGUUACGAAUAUAUCCGAUUUCCUUAUUUUAUCAAUUUGUAGUGUUUAAUUGACUAUACGCUUGACCAAUUUUGUCAUUUGAAAAAAAUAUAUAAGGACUUUUUGAUAAAACGCAUGGUUGCUAGGCAACGGUUCUUGGAGAUAGAUGAAAAAAUAAAUUGAAACCGGUUAUCAGAAUUAUUAUUUUUUUAUACAAUAAAAUAUAAUGUCGACAAUUUCGUGCCAAAUAGGAAAGGCUAUGUGUAAUUUGACAAAUAAAAUGUAGCUUUAAGAAAACAUAAUUUGAUCAUAAUAUUGUAAAAAUGUAUUCAGUGUUAUACGUAAAUCAUAAAGUAAGAUAUAAAAUUUAUAGUUUUUGUUAUAUAUCGGAUUGACUCGUUAAUAGAGAGCAGGGUGUAUAUUAUUAGGACGUAAGAAAAUUAAGAGAAAUGGAGAAAUAUGUUUUGUAUUAUGUAGCGAUGCCAAACAAAAUUAGACGUUAAUUAUUUAUAGUUAAGGUAAUAAAUGCUGUUUCAUUUAAUUAUAAGUAAAAUCUUGUGUUAAUAUAAUAUUGUUUUACGGGCUGGUCUUGUUUUUGUAUAUAUUAGGAAAGACAGUGAUAUUGUAGAUGUUAGCCGUUAUUUUUGUUUUAUAAUUAUUAUUCAAUUAGGAAAUUGUACCGACAUGAAUUGAAUAUAAAUUUCAUAUUAGUUCUUCUUUGUUAGUAAUGUUUUAUGUUUUAACUUUAUUUUAUUAUUAACAUCUCUUGAAUAGACUAUUCAUUACCAAAGUAUUUGUAUUUGAAUUAUAAAGUUCUUAAAAUUUAUUAAAGAUUUAUUAAUUUUCCUAUAUAAUAAAAUCGAGUCGUAAUUUUAUGUUUACUUGAAAUAAGUCAAUUUUAUAAUGCUGCUCAAUAACUUUCAACUAUUAGUAUUAUUUUCCAAUAAAAGAUAUUAACUAUGACACUAACGAACAUUUUUAAAGCUGACUAAAUUACUAUGUUUAUUGUAUUUUUGUGUCUUCGUUUCAUAUGUGAAAUCGUUUGGAACGAAAGAGACAAAAACUUCAUAACCUUUUCUCAAUUACUUGGGUCGAGAACUUCUAUUUUCCAAAGAAAUGUUUGAAAUUAGCAACAGUACUUACGUGUUUAGAUGUUAUAUAUUGUGCUCAAAGUGUUUGUAAUUUAAUGUGAUAGCUCAGUUGUAAGUAUGUAGUUAUUUAACUGGCUUACUCUAUUUUUCUUAAUCUAUAUUUAUACUAAUGCAUGAUGUAUAUGCCGUUUUCUUUAUAAAUUUUUUCAUCGAAAUAUAAACUGAAUUUUUAUAUAUGACCCGUACCAAUGAAGUGUACCUUUUAAUCAUACUAGUAUCUCAUUUGCUUACGGGCGGCGAAUGUAUGCCUUCUCGCUCGCACUUUAGCAGCUGUUUUGUAUAAAUAUGUAUUAUUGGUGCGAGUUAUGUAUGAAAUUAAAUUCUAUUUUUAUUCAUCUUUUUUUCUAUUUUCUGAAUGUAGUUUACUAGGUAAGCCUACUUAGUAUAAUGACAAAUAUAUGCUUCAAUAUUAGUAGUAAAUUGUACAAAUUUCGAUUUCUAAAGCACUAUUUUACAAAAUAUAUAUUCAGUUUUUAAUUGUAUGGAAUAGUGCUUUAGAUCUUAGCUGCCAAAUUAUAACCAAAAAAACUUAUUUUUAUAUUUUGUAGGUAAUUGGUGACAAAUUGUUUAUUUAGUUCAUGUUAUAAAUGUAUUUUGCCGUCCUUUGUAAUAUAUAACUGUUGUAUAGUCUGUUGUAAUCGAUGAUAUUAAAGGAGGAUAAAUUACA